GGUGGAGGAGGAGGAGGUGUCCGAGGACGGGGAGAAACUGUGGAGGGGAUUGUAGUGGAAAGGGUUAUUGCUGGCAACCAUGUCGGGCAGACGGGCACAAUCGCUGCCCCCGCAUAUGCUGGAGCCAGCUAAACCUCAACGUGGACCCUGUGUGACCGCCAUAUGUUUCUCUUGGAAGAUACUCACCUGCAUUGUUUCGCAUGUUCUGCUCGUGCUUCUCGUUGUAUCGUAUUGUGUGGGCGGAGCUUAUCUCUUUCAGCAUUUGGAGGGACCCCAUGAGGUUGAAGUGAAACAAAGUGUACGGCAUUUACGUUUCAAUCUAACCGAACGCAUUUGGCUACUAUCGGACGAUGCUGUAGUUCUACGGGAAAACGAUUGGAUCGCCAAUGUGAGCAAACACUUGGCCAAUUUCGAGAAGGAUAUACUAACGGCCAUCAAGGCUGGCGGUUGGGAUGGUGAUGAGGAUUUACGUAAAUCCCAAUGGACAUUUGCCGGUUCCCUUUUCUAUUCCAUUAUAGUGAUAACCACAAUUGGCUAUGGCCACAUCUCGCCACGCACGGAUUGGGGCAAGGUGACAACAAUUUUCUAUGCCAUCGUCGGCAUUCCACUGAUGCUGCUCUGUCUGUCCAAUAUAGGAGAUGUCAUGGCUACAUCGUUUCGGUUUCUAUAUUGGCGCAUUUGUUGCUAUGUAUGCACUCGAACUGCCAAACGUCCGAGGAAUCAACGUUCCCGCCAGCGUUCCAUGCGUUCGCAUCGCAAUUCCUCACGUUCCCAGCCGCCGCCAUCGUCGUUCCGCCGUUCCAUACGAAUGACUCAACGUUCGGGCAACGAUUCCGGACUGGGUCCAUCGAUGGGACAUGCAUACUCGGAUCCAGAGCUAAGGGGACGCUAUGAGGAUCGUGAGUUUAAUUAUCGUGGCAGCAGCGGACGCAGUCGUCGGCAACAGCAACAGCACUAUAACCAUGAGCAGCGCCAUCGACACACCAUCUAUGGCGACGAAUACGAGCCCCAGACACAGACCCUUAAUCGCUCAAGCAGGUAUAGCAGUCGCCAGCGACAUCGGGAUCGUAUGCGGGAUCGUCAUACGGUGGAGAGAGAGCGCUAUUUGGGUCAAUCCCGGUAUCAUGUGGAUGAUGAGUCCAUAGAUGAUUUCAGUGAUAUGCAACCGCCGGCCAAAAGAGCGGCCAGUGUGCGGUCAGUGCGUUCACCGCAGCGCCAAGAUGCACGCGCAUCACGUGAACUGCAUCGUCUGCACUCGGCUCCGGGUCGUGGUAGAGCCAAGUCUGUUGAUCCGCGACACGUCUCGUCAUCCCACUAUGAAGAUGUCGACGAAGAUGUGGUGCGCAAAACUCCCAUUAUACCCAAUAGAUAUGUGCUUGAUGAAUUUGAGGGUAGUCGAGGGGUUAGAAAUGCUCCGCGUAGUCAAUCUAUGCCUCGGUCAGCACAUCAGAGGCAGCGCCAAAGGGAGCGAGGCCAAUCGCCGCAGCCCCCGCCUGCCAAUCAUCGUCAUAAUAGACGACGAGCGGGCAGUCUGGGCCGUCAAUCUUCACGGUAUGGUAACCAUCUGGAAUUGCCGGACUAUGAUGCUGCUCCACAGCCUAAUCAGAGGGAUCACCGCCAUCGACGUGGACGUUCGCCUCGUUACGGCGAGGACUAUGUGGAGGAGAGUUUCGAUGAUGCGUCAGUCUGCGACAGUCACUAUGAAGACUAUCCCCCGCCACAGUCGAGUCGGGAAUUGAGGCGAGAACGUCGACGGGAGCGCAGUGAACGUCUGCCACCAUCGCCAAGGAUAAUGUCACCAAUGGGUUUUCCCGUCCAGCGGCAAAUACGUCGUCGUCCCAGCUAUGACUACGAUGAAGACGAUUCUCAGUGUGGCGAUGAUGAUUACUAUGGGAAUAUACUGCCCAAGGAUCGCCCAGUGCCUAUAUGGCUUUGUGUCUUUCUCGUUGUCAGCUAUAUAUUGGGUGGAGCUGUCCUCUUCGCUGCCUGGGAGAAUUGGUCGUAUUUGGACUCGGCCUAUUUCUGUUUCAUUACACUGACCACAAUUGGCUUUGGUGAUUUUGUUCCAGCCAAAGGCGUUAAAGAUGAGUCCGAACAGUCAAUUGCCUAUUGCUCGCUAUAUUUACUCUUUGGCAUUGCCUUGCUUGCGAUGAGUUUUAAUCUCGUCCAGGAGGAAUUUAUAGCCAAUGUUAAGGAGGUGGCCCGCCGUUUGGGUAUACUCAAAGAUGAUGAUGAUGAUGAUCAGGAUGAGGAUUGAUCAUAAGAAACGGAGAUAUAAAUAAGAUGUAGUAAAAGCGCACACACCACUCUAAAAGUUAAUCAAAGUUAUUUUAAA